AUGCUGACAAUAUGCAGUCUUGACGUACUUGUUCCUUUACAUACCUUGACUCUGUACACAGAACUUCUCUUAAAACGUAUUAAAAAGCUUGUCAGGACCAGGAGUCCACAGGAUUCCAAACACUGUAAGAAAUGGACUUUUACUACUAAGCCGCGGGUUGAAAACUUACAAAAGCGGUCUCCUCAACCUGAGUACCGAGAAUCACCCCAAGGGCAAUCUUCUGAUGCACACUCCCUUCAAAGGCCCCUACGAAUCCCUGAGGCAUCAUUAAAUGAUUCGACGUCUUCUGAUGAAUAUGUUGAUUUUGACGACAACAAUAAUUCCUCCAAUAGAAUUGCUGUUCAAGCCUUUGUGGAGCCGAUUCCUUCCAAGUUUUUGAUCAAACAGUCAAGUGAGGAUUGUGAUACAUUAAACAAUGAAGUUGUACGUAGUAAUCAAAAUGCAAGAAGCUUAAAUAAAUCAACAAAAACACAAGAAAACCUUUAUGAAAUUCUUAUUGAAAAUGAGGAAGAAGAGACUAAAGCUGCUGAUUGUUUAGUUUCAAAACCUCCUAGAAGAAGUCUAGAUGCACUUUAUAGAUCUGCAAAUGGAUACAGCACUUUAAGAAGAUGGAAUAGAACACCAUUACUCGAAAACGAUGAAAGCGGUCCUACAUUCUCACAAAAUUAUUCAUCAAGGUUAGGCUCAAAAGAGAGUCUAGACUCCAAUGAAGUGUGGUUGUACAAUUUUGCAGAGGACAUAAUUUCGGCGGAUGAUAAAGCAAUUCGAAGAAAUAGCUGUGUGCUCAACAACUCCUUCGAUAAUACUAAAAAUAGUUCAAUCAUGACGGAUAACAGCUUAUACGAAUGGUGCAAAGAGUUUGAAAAAAGUUUUAAAAGAAACUCGUUUGUGGGAAAGAACUGCAAUUUAGAGAAGAAUGUUGCGUCUUAUGAGACAAUAGAUUUGAGCCAUCGGAAUAACUUAGAGAAUGUUAAUUAUAUUUAUAAUGUAGAAACUGAUUAUGCAAAACCAAUCUACGUGAAAGAUCAAUCUACUACACUAAAUAAAGAUCUUGAAUCAUGUAAAUAUAGAUAUUUUAAAGGUGUUCACAUUUCCGACAUUUCAACAUUAAACCGUGCUACAAAAACACAGAUUUCAAUAAAUGAAGACAAAGUGGAGCCACAACCUUUCAUUUGUUCCGAAAAGUUACAAAAAUCUCUCAAAAAUAACUAUCUGGGAAAUCGCUGUAGCACUCCAAACGAAGAAAUUGGCCAUGAAAGCACCAAGGAAAAUGGAAGUAGCAAUAUACUUCUUCAGGGGCAUGGUAAUCCUCCAAUACAUGAAAAUAUCAACAAUAAUGAUGGACAAAAACAAAAAGAUAACACUACCAAGCAACUACUCACAACUGAUACAGAAAAUGAAAUAGCUAAUACCAGUGGGAUCAUUAGAAAUUUCGCCAAAGAUUUUAGCAAUAAAGAACCCAUGCAAAGAAACUACGAACUAUUUCCUGAAGUACCAAAUAAUAUUCCAUUAGAUGAAAUCAAUGAAGAGAACGAUGUAUCAAAGCUUAUAGACGAAAAAUUUGUAAGCAACAUUUUUAAAAGCCGCCCAUCUAAAAAGUGGAAACGUCCGAGGUUAGGAAAGGACCUUUUCACCAAUAUUACAAUUGUAGAAGAUCGAUCCAAGGAGAUGAGUCAGACUGAAACAACCGUUUAUGAAAAUGAGAACUCUUUCAUAACCAAAAAGGACGAUAUGUACUUCAAGAUGAAGAAACUAAGGGAUAUGGAGUGUGUAAAAAUGAAGGAAGCCUCUAGUGCCUUGUGGAUGAUCAAAAACAGUGCCAAUAGCAGCUGGGUGGAGGAGUUAUUAGCGGAGAGUAUCCUUCUCGAAACACAGCUAAGGUACAAACUUAUAGUUAACAAAAUCCGAGAAAGCAAAGACAUGGAUAUACCACUCAAAACAAGGAAACUUACAGGAUCGGUCGCGUUAUCAAAUCUACAGUACGACAUAAGAGAACAAGACAAGAAAUCAAGCGAUUCCACAACAUUUUACCUGCUGGCUAUUUCUCAUGGUACCGUAGUCUUGACCACGAAAGCUAUAGAAUCCAUUGAUGAUAACAAACUUGUUUUUAACGAAACGUUUACUCUCAAUGACUUAGAUGAUGACUUUGAAAUUAAGGCUGAGGUUUACUCCAUUACGCUCAACACUGCUAAGCCGGGAAUCGUGGAGAAACUUCUAAAAAGGAAACCGAAGUGUUGUUGCCCAAGCAACAAAAUCUACUACGAAAACGUCAACACUGCAGAGCUCAAAGAAUCAUCUAUUUUGAAGCCAUCAUUUUUAUCCUGCGGAGAAUUCACAAUAAAAUCAAACGACAUAGGAAACUCUAGAUUUGCCCUCCAGAAAGGAAACAAUACGUUGAAAAACUUCGUAAAAGCUGUAUUAAAAGUAGAGCACAUGACUCUAUCGACUAAUUUAACCGGAUUUUUAACAUUGGGAAAAGAAGAUGAAGAAAACAAUAUUCAUUAUUGGGAGAGAAAGUGGUGCUCUCUUAAUGGAAAUACGUUCCUUAUAUACAACUACCCUCAAGAUGAAGAAUUCGAUAAACCUCCGACAGCUAAAGUAAAUCUGGAAUAUUGCAUCAUGCCAUUACUAAAGAAUCCCGAAGACUGUGCUAGGAAGAAGACUUUCGUGUUCAGAACUGGAAGGCCAAGUACGCUUAAUGACAGUAAUACUGAGAAAAUUAGAACGAAAGAAAAUUUUGUGGCGGAUAAACACUACCUAUCGGCGGACAACAAAGAAGAUUUUGACCGUUGGACCACCACCUUAGAUCUUGCUCUAGAGCAACUAGCCUUAUGGAACAGACUUAUUUUCAAACAGUGAUAUUUUAUAAAUAUGAUUUUGUAAAUAGUUUUGGAAUAAAUUAAUUUUAAGUUUA